AUGACUGACAAUCAAACACGACUCGGUGUGGUCCUUUUUCCUGGCUUCGCACUACUCGAUGUCGCUGGUCCCAUGCAAUUUUUCAAUCAACUUAGUGCGAUAAAACCGUUCGAGUUGAGUAUUAUUGCAAAGACUAUGGAUGCAGUCUAUACAACGCCACCUAAAAAUACUGUACCCGAAAGUAAAUUUGAUCGUAUUGGUGAAGCAAUGUUACCUACGCACACAUUUGAUAAUGCACCCGAAUUUGAUAUAUUAUUAAUUCCAGGUGGAUUGGGAAUGAGAGAUGAAACAAUUUCCAAUGAUGUUACUUCAUUCAUUAAGAAACAAUAUCCAACAGUGAAGUAUUUACUUUCUGUAUGCACAGGAUCAUUGAUGGUUGCAGCUGCUGGUGUUCUCGAUGGGCGCAAGGCCACAUCAAACAAAUUUGCUUGGCCACAGACAACAGUUCAUAAGACUGUUGAUUGGAUUCCAAAAGCACGUUGGGUCGUAGAUGGUAACAUAUGGUCAAGUUCAGGUGUUGCAGCUGGCAUGGAUAUGACUUAUGCAUUUAUUGCAACUAUAUUCUCGCCGGAUAUUGCUAAGGAAUUAACUAAUAAGAUGGAAUAUGAACCGCAUACAAAUUCUGAAUGGGAUCCUUUUUAUGAAAUAUGGAAUUUACCACCCAAAUAG